AUGCUAGAUUUAGCUAAAGUGGCAUGCUGGAGGCGCUGGCUGGACAAGGACAUAGGAAAACUCUUUGUGCCACACAAAAAAUGUACGACGAACGACGACGAGGUUGUGGCCUCAGUCACGUUCAUCGAGCGCACGUGCCUCGUUCUCGCGUGCCGUGGUUCCUUGGGCAGCACAGCUAGAACGUCGCCGGGAGGUGCAACACAGGCGCCUACGUCAAGACAGGCUCCUAACCGUGUCGCUAAAACCGAAGAAAAGGACUGUCGCAAUUCUCACAUCAGUGAGGUCAGCAAGCUAAUGGGAAAUGCCUACUGCCCAAGAGACAUUGCACGAGUCGAGCGGGCCAUACUGGAGUUCUUUCAGUGGGAGGUGCAUCAUCCGACAGUGGCCCACUUCUUGGAAUACUUUGCAGUCUUUGCAAUAUUUCCGACAGAUGUACCAUCAUCUCAUGCGACAAUCUCAGAAGAGGUGGAAGAGCUUCGUGCUUCUAUGAGGAAUUACCUGAACUACUUUCUUCAAGCAUCUCUCAAAGACUACACCUUCAUCCAGAUGCCUGCUUCUAUGGUUGCUGCUUCAUGCAUUGUGUGCGCUCGUGCUUGCCUCUGCCUUACUCCAAUUUGGUCAGUGACACUGGAGAAAAUCAGCGACUACACCCUGGAGCAACUUGCUAUUUGCAUCAACCACCUGCUGACGGCAAAAGACAGAGACGACGCUGAAAGUGGUGCUCCAACAGCAAGGCCAGAAGAAGCCAGUGAAGACAUGGAUACCGUAGGCUUUCCACACCACUACGACAUCAUGGCUGCAGAGGAUGCAGAAUCUCGACGUGAAACACGCAGGGCAGCCCAGUGGCCUGUUCAUAGCAGCCAGUGUGAGAUGUGAAGCCCACAGAGAAGCUCCACCUCGUUGCAGCCAGCAUGAGUUCCGGGCUAAUAAUGGAUGCUGCUUGUACACAGUCAUUGCUUUCUGUAUGCAAUAAAGUGCUUACAACCAAGCUUCUGGCUACAAUGCCCACUACUCCUGAAAAAAACACUGCCUGCAGCUUAGGCAUAUACGUAUAUAUUUUCCUGGAUAAGCUCAAGCUUCGUGGCAAAAAAACAUGACUGAGACAUGUUGCAGCCGGCAA